AUGCCCGCCACAAGGAAGGACGAAAGUACAUUCCCCAUGUUGGGAAGCCACAAGUCAGAAGAAGAAUACGACGACGUCGAUAUCGAAGAACACGCGACCGGCCUCCUCAGCAACAAGGCCUCAACCACGACCUUCUACGAGAAAUCAGCGCCGCUCAGCUCAAGGAACCGCCAGGACUCGUACAGUUCAUCCUGGUCCGCCGACACAUUCACCCCUUCGUCGAGAAAGGCUCGGUCAUUUGCACCGUUCUUGGCAUGGCUCCGCUGGGGAGUGGUCGUCGGGCUGCAAAGCAUCAUCGUCGUCCUUCUGCUGUGUCAGCGAAAACUCGUCCAGGGAGACAGAGACACGGACGCGGUAUUCGAGGACAAGGUGGUCGAAUCUGGUGGCGAUAUCAAUGGGUUGUACAAGACGUUGUCACACACAUAUACCUACCUCAAGCCCGAUACCGAUAAGUUCAUACCGAACAUGACGACGAACGAGAACCGACUCGAGAUUCGAAGGAACUGGGACUUGCUGAUGCCGUUGGGCAGCGGAAGCGUUGCAAUCCCUGACUACCGAGACCACCCUCUCCUCGGCGAUCCGAUCACAGACGAUCCGAUCCGUAACGGGCCGCUCUUCGAAGCCUCAUGGACUCAUGCUCUUCACUGUUUAUACUACUCUGUCGAUAGCUACCACCAAUUGAUCGUCAAUGGUCGGACGGACAACGACAACCCGAUUCAUGCAAGUCAUUGCUUCGAGUAUCUGAGGAACAGCAUUCUGUGCAACCUCGACAUGACGCUUGAAGGGUCCAUGUCGACACCUGAAGACCAUGAGAGAGGGCAGCCACACGUCUGCCGAAACCGAGCGGAGGCGAUCGCGUGGAUCGAAGCGAGACGCGUCGAUGACUUGCAGGAUAUUGUCGGGCCUUGA